CGCGAGCGCUACCCACGAAGAAGCGGAGGAGACAGCUAGGCUGGGCUUUGACGGGGAAACAUUUCGGUCACUGGGGAUAAACAAGGUGUGCAAAGCAGCUUUGACCUGCUUUAGUACAGACUUUAAUACAAAGCUGAGUCUUUCGGACUUUUGUGAUCGACCCCGGGAGGUGACAGCGUCUUCUCCUUCACUUUAUUGAGGUUGUUAGAAGACAAACGACUAAAGCUAAUGUUAGCUUAGCAGGUUGUUAAAUAUCCCUGACAGGGUUUAACGGUUAAUUGUUCUCCUUUAAUGUUAUGUCACGCUAAACACACCGCGAGCGUCUUCUCUUCUCUGUAUUUAUCAGCUGUGUUCCGUCUCUGCGAUAUUGAAGCUUCUCUGUCGUUGUGAGAAACUCGCUCAGAUCGUUUGGACUGGACGCAGGACACGGAAAGGCGUGUCCCAGACCUUUCUACUUCGGAUAAUUCAUUGAAGACAAAUGUUUCUGAGCCAUGGAUCAAGCUGUUGUGGACAGUCCUGUCAUCCUCGUCAUCAGGGCUCCCAACCAGAAGUACGAUGACCAGACAAUCAACUGCUACCAGGACUGGACUGUGGAAAAGCUCAAAGCCCACUUGUCUGAUGUGUACCCCAGCAAACCAAGCUCCAAGGACCAGCGGCUGGUUUAUUCUGGGAAGCUGCUUCUAGAUCACCUUACCUUAAAAGAUGUCCUCAGGAAGCAGGACGAGUACCAUAUGCUCCAUCUGGUGUGCGCCUCCAGAACCCCUCCCAGCUCCCCCAAGCCGCCCCGCAGCCGCAGUAACAAGCCACAGGAGAGCGCCGCCGGUCCCGCGGGCUCUCAGACUCCCAGCAGCGCCGGUCAGGCUGGUCAGACGGCUGCCGGAGAGAGCAAUGAUUGGCUGAGACAGCAGGCUGGAGCCUUCCCCUACCACCACAUGUAUUCCCAGUUUAUGCACAGCUGGAGUCAACAAAUGGCAACGGCUCCCAUAAACAUGCCCUCCUACUACACCCCCAUGACUUUGAUGUGGUGGCAGCAGCUGUAUGCAAGACAAUACUUUUUGCACUAUCAGUUACUGGCAGCUUCCUCUCAGCAGCUGCGACCCGACCAGACCUCCACUCAGUCCAGUCAGUCGGACCCUCUCAGCCAGCGACCGCAGGCGGGUCGGCACGGGAACCCGGAGGUCCAGAUGAACGCCCAGGGAGGGGAGAUCCUGAACGAGGAGGAGCUCAACAGGGACUGGCUGGACUGGGUCUACACGUUUUCCCGUGCCGCCAUCCUGCUCAGUAUAGUCUACUUCUACUCAUCCUUCAGCCGCUUUGUCAUGGUGAUGAUGGCCAUGCUGGUGCUCUACCUCCACCAGGCCGGCUGGUUUCCCUUCAACCUGGAGAACGAGCUGCAGCUUCCUGGAGACCGAGCCAACCAGGAGGAAGCGGAGCCAGACCUACAAAACCAAGACUUACAAGAAGUGGACGGCGGCGUAAACGACGGCGGCGUGAACGACGACGCCUCAGACGACGACGGGGAGAGCGGCGAGGAGGGAGCGGAGGAUCCCAACAGCGCCCCCAACGCCGGCUUCUUGUCCUCCACGUGGUCCUUCAUCAUAACCUUCUUCAUGUCGCUCAUCCCGGAAGGGCCGCAGAACGUGGCUAACUGAGGGCGGGGCGGGGCCGUCUGCCAGAGGAAGAGGAGGGACACUUGAUUCUGCGGCGGUGCAGUGUUGUCCGUUUCCCCCAGCCGUCUGCUCUCUGGGCUUAAACACAAAUGACAGAUCCUGUAUAAAAAAACAAAAAGAAAAUUCUAGAUGUUUCUUUUUUUUUUGCCUUGAGAGGCGAAAAGUUUUGUUUUAGGAGUCAAGUAACGCAAAUGGUGGUUUCCCUGCUGUGUUCAAAUAUAUCCAGUAAAGCUUUGCAACACAGAGACGGCAGGUAAGGUUCACUGAGGAUGUCCAUAGCGCUACACAUCCUCUGCAGAAGCAGCAAUAUAAGUUAGUUUUUUUUUUUUUUUUUUUUUUUAAAAAGCUGCCGAGUUGUGAAGAGCGUGGGUAUAUUGAAAGAAGACAAUUAAAAUGGCCACUUUACAGAAGUUGAAUUGCUGUGAUGGAUUAUGGGUAAUGUAGCACCUGUGGUAUCUUAACAGAGAGGAGCGAGUUUGGUCUGAGAGUUUUACGGAACGUGUCAGAGAACAUUUGUAAUGUGCAGAGUUGCGUAAUUGUUGACUUCUGGUUUAUUUCUUUACAAACUCGACUUUGAAACAUUGUAAAAAAAAAAUCAAAUAAAAAAAAACCUAAACAUGUAUAUUUAAUGUGUCACGGGAUAUUAGUUGUUUAAUCGACAGGACAUUUUUUUUAUACAUAUAUAAAAAUGUUCCUGCAUGUAAAUUAUUCACUGCCAAACAGACUUUUUUGAGAACACCUGCGGAUGUUGCUACUAACACGUCAAUUAAAUUAUAUUCCUGUUUACUAAAACUA